ACUAUCGAGGUCUGCAACAUGGCGGCCCAACUGAGCGUUCUUUUUGAAAAGAUAUAGCCAUUUCUAAGAACGGCAACCUGUUCACAGGUUCUUUUCUCUACAGAAAUGAGGGUUGUCGCUUUAAUCAGUGGGGGAAAGGAUAGUUGUUACAACAUGAUGCAGUGUGUACAACAAGGUCACAAAAUUGUGGCGUUGGCAAAUCUUAAGCCAAGAGAUGGAGUUAACGAGCUUGACAGCUACAUGUACCAGACAGUAGGCCAUAAUGCCAUUGACCUUUAUGCACAAGCCAUGGACCUGCCUUUGUAUCGAGGAGUAAUCCAGGGCUCCUCAGUAGAUCAAGGAAAAGUUUAUAAAGAAAAUGACCAAGAUGAAGUUGAAGACUUAUACAAGCUUCUAAAGAAUAUCAAGGAGGACAUUGCAUUUGAUGCAGUGUCAGUUGGAGCAAUUUUAUCAGACUACCAAAGAGUCAGAGUGGAAAAUGUGUGUUCCCGAUUGGGAUUAUCUUCACUGGCUUACCUUUGGAGACGUGACCAAUCAGAAUUGCUUAGUGAAAUGAUCUCUGCAGGAAUUGAAGCUGUUUUGAUCAAAGUAGCUGCAAUGGACUUAAAUCCACACAGACAUCUGGGCUUGUCAAUAUCAGAAGUUUAUUCACUAAUGUGCAAUCUGAAUCACAAGUAUGGCUCAAAUGUUUGUGGCGAGGGUGGUGAAUAUGAAACAUUUACUUUGGAUUGCCCACUGUUCAAGCAAAGAAUAGUCAUAGAUGAAAGUGAAGUUGUCAUUCAUUCAGAUGAUGCCUUUGCUCCUGUGGGUUUUCUCCACUUUAAGAAAAUGCAUGUGGAACAGAAGGAAUUGAAUGAGUCUGGUCAGUGUCUUAAAAACCACACCUCAGGUCUAGAAUCUUUGGACAAGUUGCAAAUACAGCUAGAUGAUGUAACAAAUACUGAACAGGACAGGACUGUCAAGUGUAAAGAACAAAGAAUCAAGAUCCCUGCAAGAUCACAAGAAAAAAAGAAAGAUCAUAUUCUCUACAGCAGAUGUGGAAAUUAUAUUUGGGUGUCUGGAAUUUAUGGCCAUCGCAGUGUUGACGGAAAAAUGCUAACAAUUGAAGACGUAACAAGAAAUGUUUUACAACACUUGCAAGACACACUUACUAAUCUGGGGGCAAACUUGUGUGAUGGAAUGAUAGUUCACCUUUUUGUGAAGAACAUGGAUGACUUUGCAAAAAUCAAUGCAGUUUAUAAAACAUUUCUAAGGGUGAACCCUCCUGCAAGAGCUUGCAUCCAGCUGAAUUUACCAGAGGACAUUGCCAUCCAGGCUGACUGCCUUGUUUAUGCUGCUCAAAGCACUGACACUUCAGUUAGGGAAGCUAUGCACGUUCAAAGCAUCUCUCACUGGGCACCAGCAAAUAUUGGUCCUUACAGCCAAGCAACUAAGGCUGGAGAUACGAUAUUUGUGUCUGGUUCAAUUGGUUUGUGGCCACCAACCAUGUCAAUGAUACAAGGCGGCAUCUCACAGGAAGCUCCUCUGUCUUUGCAACAUGUGGAGAGAGUUAUAACAGCUCUAAAUCCAGGCGAGUCACUCAAGAGCAUUGUUCAUGGAUUUUGCUUUCUAACUUCACCUGCUUAUGUGUCAGUUGCAAAAACUUCUUGGCACCAAAUGUCAAAUCCUAAGAGCAGAGACAGCAUAGAGUCAGACCAAUCUCCAGUGGGGUUGAUGUCUUACAUCAUUGUGCCUGCGCUGCCCAAGAACGCCCAGGUCGAAUGGCAUGUUGUGGCAUUGGAAAACCAGAUCCAACAUCAGUAUGACUCGACAACUGUACAUAGCGAGAAUUUCACUGUUGGUGUACAAAGCAUUGGUGUCAGAGGAAAUAGUAACUACAGUGUUGCUGUAAACAUUGCAGUUGAGUGUACACCUACUGAAUGCAACUUGGACAAAGUCAUGGAAACAUUUGUUACAGAGUUACAAUGCUGCACAUCACACCACAAUUGUAUACUCGCUCAUGUGAUGUACAUGAAGAUAUUCUAUGUCAAAGAUAUUAUGGACCAUUGGCAUGCACAGGACUUUAUUUAUAGGAGCUUGGAGAGGAGUAGUGCUCUUACACCUGCCUUUUCUCUGAUACCUGUGGAUGCCCUUGAAAAGGAGAACACUGUCAUGCUUUUCUGUUGUUUUUUACAGAAAUCAGGAGUCGAUGUUGAAGAAUACUAACAACAGUUACUUCACCUGAAUAACAGUCUGAACAUUUUCAAGUGACAAAAAGAUGUGUAUAAUAUAUUAAGAUUUAUACCAUGCCAUAGAAAAUACAGCCAAUCAAAAUACAGGAAAGCCGUUGUAUAUACGAGGUAUCAAAUCCAACCUUCCCAUCAUGUGGCGUGUGUAUGUCACACUGAUUGUGUUAGCCACCGUAUUUUCUAUGUCAUUGUAUAAAAUAGUUAUGCAAUACCCUCUCAUGGUGUACCAUGAAAUAUCCCACUUGUCACUUGUAUUUUCU